UUCCCAUCAAAGCCGUUCUUUCCUUCGCUCUGUAUUACACGUGCUGCUCAUCCACUGUACGAAACUAUCACCCUAAAUUAUCUGCAUUCAAAAUUUAUACAGACUUUCCCCCGCUUCUCCAUUAUUCUCUCGCCGGAGUAAUCUCAAGUUGCCGGCUCCGGAGUUGGAACAGAGUACUCUCAAAUUGCCGCCUCCACGGUUGGGUAAUUUUCUGUGACCCAUCUCAGCAGUGCUUGACAAAGCAAGUCAUGGAUUAAUUUCCAAUAUCCCCUCUUUCCCCCUUUCUGAAUUGAUGGAGAAGAAGGUUGUGUGUUAUAAAUUUGAGCAUUGUAGUCAGGGUAAUGACCUCCUCUGACAUUUUUUCUACUAUAAUUAUUAUUGACAAUUUUAAGAAAUUCACGUGUUUUAGGAUAAUCUUAUGUUAUGAUUUAUGUUAUGAUGUGCCUCACGAGGAAGUAGAGAAGAAGGUUAGUUCCUGUCAUUGAGUCUGGGAAUUGUAUUUUUACUCUUAACUGCUUAAAGUGUUGUUGGUAAUAUAGAACUAAAAGUAUUAUUAUAUUUGUACAAGUAAUUUUAGGCAUCUGAUACAGGGAUUAGUAUCCAUUAGUAUGUCUGUUUUCCAAAUGUGGCUGUGCUUUGUGUGUUCGUAUUUGGCCUCUGCUCACAAGGAAUGGUAUGAACAAAGACGUAAUGCUGACGUGUAUGAGAUUAUAAGACACUCAAUUCUCAUCUGCUCUUGACAUUCACCAAACAUUGACGAUCUCAUCCCAUGAGUAGCAGCUUUUCUAAAAAUCCAUGAUAUUGCUGGGCUGGUUAAAGGUGGUCAUGAAUGUCAAGGACUUGGAAACAAUAACAUGUCUGACAUUCGUGCGGUUGAUGGCAUUUUUCAUGUUUUACAAUGUUUGUUGGUUCUUGCAAGCGCUUGCGCAUAAUGAAAGGAGCUGAAGCAAUGGACCUCGCACCUCGAGCCAUGGAGAAACGGAAAAACAGAACCUGAAGGUCCACAACAAGCAAGCUGAACAGCCGCACAGAUCGAUCAACUCUGGCAGCAGGUUGUUAUAUUAUAGAUAUAUGUUUAUAUGGUUUGUUAUAGUUGUAAUUAGUGUGAGAGACAAACAAAUAAAUCUUGGUUUCAAGUUUGUUUCUUUUUUUUUUUAGUUGAUAAUUAUAAAUUAAAGGUUGGCUUAGGUAUUAAGAACUUUAAGUUUAUACUAUUUGUUUGUAUUAUUUGAACUUUGUUGGAAAUUUGUUUUGUGUGUGUGUGUGUGUAUCUCACUAUAUUGUUUUUAAUAAGAUGUCAACUUUAAAGGGGGCAAGAACAUGCGCAAGUAGUAGAUAUACACAUUAUAUAUAAAUCCAUGGUUUGACUAAGCUGGCCAGGAUGUGACUGAUGCAUUCAUCGCUUUUCAUCCCACUAAUGUUUGGGGCCGUCUUGACAAGUUUUUUAAUGGUUACCAUAUCAAAUAUUGUAAUGUGUCUGAUGUAUCAAAAGAUUACAGGAAACUUGCUUCUGUGCUGGUGAAAGCUGGGAUGUUUGAGAAAAAAGGCCACACUUUCACCUAUUUUCUUUAUUUUGCUACUUUGUUGUUUAUAGGAUGUGUGUAUGGUGUGUAUUAAUUGUGUAUUCAGUAUGAUCAUAGUCACAAGUUGAGUGCACUGUUGAUUUUUAUUGAACAUAAGAGGCAUCAGCUAAUUUUGCAAUUCUUACUGUUGUAAUUUUGCAAUUCUUCUAAUGAAUAAGUUGACUAUACUUACUGUUGUAAUUUUGCAAUUCUUCUAAUGAAUAUGUUGACUUAGUUGCGGAACAUCGUUUGACUAAGGCUAUUCGUCCUCAUAUAAAUGCCUUUUUGGAGGGGUUAAAUGAACUGAUUCAAAGGGAUUUAAUCUCUAUUUUUAAUGAUGAAGAAUCAGAUAAAUGCCUCGGAUAUUGAUUAUUGCAUGAGAAUGAAUACCGAGUAUUUAGGGUAUAGUGCUGGAUCUCCUGUUAUACAUGCUUUUGGGAGGUUGUACAAAGUUUUAGCAAGGAGGAUAAGCACGACUCUUACAGUUUGUUACUGGCACCUCAAAGGUACCUUUAGAAGGGUUCAGUGUGUUACAAGGAAUUUCGGGCUCACAGAAGUUCCAGAUUCACAAGUCAUAUGGCAGCGCAGAUCACUUACCUUUUGCUCAUAUAUGGUCUUUUCGGAAGACUGCCUGCAGACUGGUGUCCUGACUCUUUUGUAAAGAAACUGUUCACAGACUUGGAAUGGGAACUAACAUGUAUCCUUCCUCUGCAUUGAUCGGCCAGCACAUGGAUAUGUUCAGGUUGCAGAAAUCUUGCUCCAAGAGGGUGCCAAUGUUGGUGCUCCUGAUAUGUAUGGAUAUCACACCUUGAAAGAAAAGCUUUCAGCAGAGACUCAUUGCCAAUCUUUCUGAAAGAUGAUGGACACAGCUGGAGUUGAUAUGUUGCCGUUACGUUGUUAUAAUUGUUGACAUCUCCGGUUUCUUUAAUUUCUGGAUGGCUGCUCAAGUUGGCAAAGCCCGUAAAAAGGAUUUAUUUUAUCUGUAUACAUCUCUUUCAGGUUUUUUUUCUAUCAUCAGUCGAUAAUGUGCAUUUGAUAUUGUGAAUAAAAUUUGCAGGUAUAAGGUUGCUCUACCUGCGAUGUAUGCUUUAGAAUCAGAAAAUGAAAAUGCUAAUCUCUUUAACUGUGUUCAGGUACUAUUUCUCUUUUUCAUGUUUGCAAAUAUAUAUUGUACUGUUUUCAACGUGAAUGUUCUAAGCUUUCAAAAUUUCUCAUCGGGUCAUUGACUGUGUUAAAUGGUGAAGAGAGGUCACCAGAACUCCAUGGAGUGGAUGCCUUUGUUCUUGACAUUCAUGAUGUUGGGAGGGAUUAAGUACUCUGUCAUCUCCUCAGUUCUUGGUGUUGUUUAUAUUGUUAGUUUUUAUUUCUAUUUAAAAGGAUAUUCCACUGGCGAUCCUAAGAAGCCUCUAUCUGUCGGGUAAAUCUGAAUGAUUUCCACCUGUAUAAUAAGAAGAUAUAUGCUUUGAUUUGGUUAUUUAAAUAUAUGUUGAAAUAUAUAUACCUGCAACAAUUAUUUACCUAACAUGCUAAAUUAUACAGGUUCAUAAUGUUAGUGUUAGGAAUCUAUGAGCCUUUGACAUGUGUUAUAUCUAUCUAAUUUACAUAUCCUGUUGCCUCUUUUUGUAUAAGAAGUCCAUGCCAAGUUUAAUGUGAUCACUACUUUUUGGGGAACAAUAUUUUUUUGUGUUCAAUUUUUGUGUUAUCAUAGGUUCACCUUGAGUGAAAAGAUUUUAACUAAUGAUGUAGAUUUUGUGCAGAUUGCAGAGUGAACCUCAUUUUACAGGCCUUGACUUCAACAACAUGAAAGAGAAGAAACAUAAGUGCCAGACAAACAAGAACGUGUAUCAAGGCUUUUAUGUUUCUUGAUUAAAAUAACUAUUUUGUUUCAUUUUUGAAAUUAUUUUGAUAUGUAUAAAUUGAUACAAAACUUUGUUACAACGUUAAUUUAUUUUUAACUUUUAAACUCAUUUGUCAUUA